AUGGGCACUAACAAUGUAUCUGCCAUGAUCAGGGCGCUUAAAGAAGGUGGCAAUCUAGCAUCAUUGACCGGUGGCGACCCACAUAAUCUUCAUUCGGGACGACGAGGUGCAUGGAAAUCAAAGUUGAAAAAUUUUGCUCAAAAAAUAAAUGCGUCCAACGAUCGAUCAUUAUUCAUAUUUUCCAAGAGUAAUUGGAUACGCAAACGAGCAAAUGCUGUAAUUGAAUGGAAUCCAUUUGAAUAUAUGGUGCUAUUAACAAUUAUAGCUAAUUGUAUUGUUUUGGCACUUGAAGAACAUUUGCCGAACGAAGAUAAAACAAAAGUGGCUAGAUCAUUGGAAAAAACGGAAGUUUAUUUUCUUGGAAUCUUCUGUUUUGAAGCGGCUCUUAAAAUAAUUGCAUUGGGAUUAAUGUUACAUCGUGGUUCCUAUCUUCGCAGUCCCUGGAAUGUUAUGGAUUUUGUUGUUGUUGUUACAGGUUUGGCAACAGUUAGCAUUAAAAAAAAUACUUCAUUCGAUUUACGUACUCUACGGGCAGUACGUGUACUUCGGCCACUUAAACUUGUCUCAGGCAUUCCAAGUCUUCAGGUGGUGCUUAAAUCUAUAUUAAAAGCAAUGGCUCCAUUGUUUCAAAUAGCUCUUUUAGUUCUUUUUGCUAUUGUCAUCUUUGCUAUUAUUGGUCUUGAAUUAUAUUCAGGAGUUUUUCAUACAACUUGCUUUUAUGCAAACAAAACAGCUGUUGACAAUGAUAGCGAAGAUUUAAUAUACAAGUCCGAUAAUGAAUUAGCCACGGCAUGUGGAGUGCCUGGAGAACCCAUGUGGGGUUGGCUAAAUAUGAAACAUGGAGUAUUUACAUGCAAUAUUCCAAAUGAAUCACUUGUUUGUCGUGAAUAUUGGGUUGGCCCGAACAAGGGCAUCACAAGUUUUGAUAAUAUUAUUUUUGCUAUGCUUACUGUCUUUCAAUGUAUAACAAUGGAAGGAUGGACACAAGUACUUUAUUGGACAAAUGAUGCAGUAGGAACUUUAUUUAAUUGGCUCUAUUUUGUACCACUAAUUAUACUUGGUUCAUUUUUUAUGCUUAAUCUUGUUCUUGGUGUUUUGAGCGGAGAAUUUGCAAAAGAAAGAGAACGUGUAGAAAAUCGUCGAGAAUUUGUUAAAAUUCGUCGGCAACAACAAGUCGAAAGAGAAUAUAAUAAUUACGUUGAAUGGAUCAAUCGCGCUGAGGAUGUGAUCUUACACGAAGAAAGAACAACUGAACAGGAACGACGUGCUAUACAUGAAGCUCGAAAAUAUGCAGCAACGAAAAGAACUCGACCUCUUCGAGCAGGAAAACAACAAAGUUUAGACGAAGAUGAGGAAGAUAUUGAUCAUGCAUUCAAUCGUGGUCGUGCCACCGGUGGCGCUGAGCGACCUGAUCGACCGCGAACCAUUACUCGCCGUUGGAAUAUUCAACAACGUGUGAUUAAAAGUAAAAUUCGUGUUCUCGUUAAAACUCAAACAUUCUAUUGGGCUGUUAUUGUACUUGUUUUUCUUAAUACUGCAUGUGUAGCUAUUGAACACGAUGGACAAAAACAAUUUCUUACUGAUUUUUUAUAUAUUGCCGAAUUUGUAUUUCUUGGUUUGUUCGUUUUUGAAAUGCUUUUUAAAAUGUAUGGCCUUGGUAUUGAUCAAUAUUUUGCAUCAUCGUUUAAUAUUUUUGAUUUUAUCGUUAUUGUUGGAUCAAUAUUUGAAGUUAUUUGGACACAUUUCAAUCCGGAAGAAUCAUUUGGCGUAUCAGUUUUACGUUCUUUACGUUUAUUGAGAAUUUUUAAAGUCACACGACAUUGGGCAUCUCUUCGAAAUUUAGUUGUAUCACUUUUGAGCAGUAUGCGAUCAAUCGUUAGUUUACUUUUUCUACUCUUCUUAUUCAUACUCAUAUUCGCAUUAUUGGGCAUGCAAUUAUUCGGUGGCGAAUUCAAUUUUGAAGAUGGAACACCAUUACAAAAUUUUAAUAAAUUUGCUACUGCACUUAUAACUGUCUUUCAAAUUUUAACGGGUGAAGAUUGGAACGAAAUUAUGUAUAAUGGUAUUAUUUCUCAAGGUGGACCCAAUGGUAAAGGCAUGAUCUAUUCACUUUAUUUCAUUAUUCUUGUCUUAUUUGGCAACUAUACACUGCUAAACGUGUUUUUGGCUAUUGCUGUUGAUAAUUUAGCAAAUGCUCAUGAGCUGACGAAAGGUGAAGAAGAAGAACAAGCAGCUGAAGAAGAAAAACGCCAACGUGAAACAAAAGAUGUUGAAUCCAUGUUUAAAUUGGGCUCUUCACCAACCGAGACACCGGCCGUGACUGCAGCUGAUUCGAAAGCUAAGAAAACAGAGCAAAAAACACCAGCAACUAAAGCUGGCACUCAACCAACAGCAAAGAAGGAAAAAGCUGACAAGACAGCGAACGCAGCUGUCGUCGAGCAACCACUAAUUCCGCCAAAAAAUGUAAACGCUGACGAUUAUUUAGAUCGGAAUUUAUUUGCUAAAGCUAAUUUGGACUAUAUACCUGGACUUGACUAUGAUCUUGGUCCAGUUUUGAUUCCAUCGGCAUUCGAUAAAAUAACAGGAAUGGAUGAUCCAGAAGCUGCGAAAGCUCGCGCUGAAGAAGCAGCAAAGAAGAAAGCAGCAGAAGCUGCAGCUGCAGCCGAAGCAAAGAAAAAAGAACAAGCGCGCGUCGUUAAACCAAUUCUUCCAUCCAGUUCACUGUUCAUUUUCAGUAGUACUAACCCGAUUCGUCGAUUUUGCCAUUUCAUUGUUACUCUUCGCUAUUUUGAUUUGCUCAUUAUGAUUGUUAUAUGUAUGAGUUCAAUAUCAUUAGCUGCUGAAGAUCCUGUACAUGAAAAUUCAACUCGUAAUUUAGUAUUGAACUAUCUUGAUUAUGCAUUUACAGGUGUAUUCACUGUUGAACUACUAUUAAAGAUUGUCGACUUAGGUGUUAUAUUUCACGAAGGAGCUUAUUGCCGUGAUAUAUGGAAUUUACUUGACGCACUUGUUGUUAUUUGUGCAUUAGUUGCAUUUGGUUUUACUGAAAAUGGAGCUGGAAAAAAUUUGAAUACAAUUAAAUCGUUGCGUGUUCUUCGUGUAUUGCGUCCACUGAAAACAAUUAAUCGUGUACCAAAAUUAAAAGCUGUAUUUGACUGUGUUAUUACUUCAUUAUCUAAUGUGUUGACUAUUUUAAUUGUUUAUAUGCUAUUUCAAUUUAUUUUUGCUGUUAUUGCUGUACAAUUGUUCAAAGGAAAAUUUUAUCGAUGCACCGAUUUGUCGAAAUUAACACCGGAAGAAUGCAAAGGAAAAUUUUUUGAUUUUGGUACUGGUAAAAACAAACCGAUACGUCAAGACAGAAUGUGGGAACCCUAUGAUUUUACAUAUGACAAUGUUCCAAAAGCUAUGCUAACUUUAUUCACUGUUCAAACAGGUGAAGGAUGGCCAACUGUCUUACAACAUUCCAUUGAUGCUACUGGUGUUAAUCGCGGUCCCCAGCCAAGUCAUCGUCUUGAAGUUGCGAUGUUUUAUGUAGUUUAUUUUAUUGUAUUUCCAUUUUUUUUCGUCAACAUAUUCGUCGCUUUAAUUAUUAUUACAUUUCAAGAUCAAGGACAAAAAGAAUUAGAAGAAGCAGAAAUAGAAAAAAAUCAAAAAUCAUGUAUCGACUUUGCAUUGAAUGCUAAACCUAUACAAAGAUGUAGACCGAAAAAAGAAGGCUCAUUACGCUAUCGAAUAUGGCUACUGUGUACGUCAUCCUAUUUUGAAUUUUGUAUUAUGGUCAUGAUUGCACUUAAUACUUUUGUACUCAUGGGAAAAUAUUAUAAAAGUCCAUCGGCAUACAAUGAUAUAUUAACAUAUGCUAAUACGACAUUUACAGCUUUAUUUACUGUUGAAAGUAUUUUAAAAAUUAUUGCAUUUGGCUUAAGAAAUUAUUUUCGUGAUAGUUGGAAUGCAUUCGAUUUUAUUACAGUACUUGGUAGUAUUGCUGAUGUGCUUGUUACUGAAUUUCGAAAUACAUUACUUAAUUUGGGUUUUCUUCGUUUAUUUCGUGCUGCUCGCUUAAUCAAACUGUUACGUCAAGGAUAUACAAUUCGUAUUUUACUAUGGACCUUUGUGCAAUCGUUUAAAGCACUUCCUUAUGUUUGUUUAUUAAUUGCUAUGCUCUUUUUUAUUUAUGCUAUUAUUGGCAUGCAGGUUUUUGGUAAUGUUCGUCAGGACUCGGGAAAAUCCGAGAUAACUCGACACAAUAACUUUGCCAAUUUUCUAUAUGCUUUAAUGCUCUUGUUCAGAUGUGCAACAGGCGAGAGUUGGCAAGCAGUUAUGUUAGCAUGCAGAGCUGAGGUUGAAUGUCAACCACCGUAUAAUAGUCGAUAUCAUGGCAAAAGCACCCCGAAAUGUGGAUCGGACUUUGCAUAUCUUUAUUUUUGUUCAUUUGUGUUUUUCUCAUCAUUUUUGAUGCUGAAUUUAUUCGUGGCUGUUAUUAUGGAUAAUUUUGAUUAUUUAACACGAGAUUCGUCUAUAUUGGGAGCACAUCAUCUCGAUGAAUUUAUUCGAUCGUGGUCAGAAUAUGAUCCUGAUGGAACGGGAAGAUUGGAAUAUACGAAAAUGUUUGAAAUGCUGCAGCUUAUGUCACCGCCGGUUGGUUUUGGAACGAAAUGUCCGUCGAAAUUAGCAUAUAAACGUUUGAUUCGAAUGAACAUGCCAAUCGAUGAAAACCGUCAGGUACAUUUUACUACAACACUUUUUGCUCUUAUUCGUGAAUCUCUUCGUAUUAAAAUGGAUACUACUGCUGAAGGAAUGGACGAAGCAGAUCAUGAAUUACGUGAAGUCAUAUGUAAAUUAUGGCCAAAUCUUGCUAAGAAAACUGUUAAAUUACAUGAAGGUGGAACGAAACCAUUACUUGAUCUUGUCGUACCAGCUAAGAAUGAAUUACAUGGUACUCCAGGUCAUCCGAAAUUAACUGUCGGAAAAGUCUAUGCCAUUUGUUUGUAUGUUGAUAACUAUCGUUCGUAUAAACAAGGUCAUGUGAAUGAGGGCAGUUCCGCAUUAAAUCGGCUGGUGUCAGUACUUAAAGAACGUGUCUAUUCAAGAGAAGCUCUUCAUGAAAGUGAUUCUGGUGGGCGGCGACCAUCUUGCCGUCAUUUGGAAAUUCAACGAACUACAUCAAAUCGAUCAUCGACUACGGAACAUGGAAUUCUGGAUAAAAGUAGACCUUCUACAUCUGGCGAAUUAAGUCCUGUUCUUGAAAAUGGACAUAUUAAUUCGCCGAGUAAGAAAGUUCCAAAUCUAAUUAUUUUUGAUGAAAGAAAACGCUCAAAUGGCCAACCGAGCGAUGGUAUUUCUUCUCAAUCUCAAUAUGGUAAAACAUUAAAUGUUCCAAAUCCAAACACUAUUCAUGCUCUGCCCAUUGCUACACCAGUAGCACCGAAAGCUCCGCCGCGUCCUGCCAUAAUGACAACACCGAAAUCGUCAACAAUAGCUUCGAAAAAUUCUUCACUAGCACUAGCAUCACCAGACACACGACCAUUAUUAGUAGUAACAACGACGAAUGAUCAACAAAAAACCAAAACCAUAGCAGUACCUAAUGGUCGCCGUCUACCAAUAAAUGGGCGCAUUACAACUGUAUCAUCAACUCAACAACAUCAGCAAGCACCACCACAACCACCAAUAAUUAAGCGUAAUGAUCAAAUUAUUAGUGAAACAAUGCCAAAGAAAACUGUUAAUACUCGACCACGAGCUGCUCUUUUCUUUACUACAACACGAAAUCUAGAUCAAUCAUCUGAUCAACAUGAACCAUUAUUGCCUAAUGAAACCUAUACAGCUGGUCGACAUGAUUCGAUUGAUUCACAUAAUUCCAUGGAUAACGAUACUAAUAAUUGGUCUGUAGCUCCAAGAAUUAUGACUCCAGCGGCUCGAACAGUUCCUAUUCACACUUUAUCGCCAAUAAUAAAUACAAUUCAACCACGGCCACAAGCAAAUAAUACUAGUCGUCGAUUACCACAAUUGCCUAUGCGAGAAUUACCAACUAUUACUCCAACUAAUCCAUCAGCAACAUAUUUCGAUUUACAAAAUGAUGACGACGAAAUUGAAGCAAAUAAAUUCGCACGUACAAAUGAAUUAUUUUACUAUCAAACAUCGUCGGAAUCAUCAAGUAAUUCGAACAAUUCGUUAACAUCAGAUAAUUCUAAUCAUGGAACUCAUGAAGGACACACUCAUACCGAUCAACAUGACGACGAAUAUGAGUACGACGAUGAGCAAACUUCUCCGUUUGAAUAUGAUGCAUAA